AUGGAAAAAUCAGACCAUAAUUCAUUGUCUGAUCUUCUCUGUGAAGAAGAUGAAUCGUGUUUGAAUGAACGCUGUUUCCAGGAUUUGGGCACUCUUUCUGUGUUUGAUGAUGAGUAUAUACAAUUGUUAAUUCAAAAGGAGAGUAAUUUUCAAUCGGAUGGAAAUGGUUCUUCAAUCGAGAGUGAAAAAGAAUGGUUUAAAUGCGCCCGUUUGGAUGCCAUUACUUGGAUUCUUGAGACGAGGGCAUAUUUUGGGUUUCAAUUUCGUACAGCUUAUCUUUCGAUUAUUUAUUUUGACCAGUUCUUUUCAAGAACAUCCAUUGAUGAUAGCAAAUUGUGGGCUAUAAGAUUAUUGUCAGUUGCAUGUUUAUCAUUAGCUGCAAAAAUGGAGGAACCUACAGUACCGGCAUUAUCCGAAUAUCAUGUAGAUGAAUAUAAUUUUAAAGGGAAUGUGAUUAUGAAAAUGGAAUUGUUGGUUUUAAGUACUUUGGAAUGGAAAAUGAGUUCAAUAACUCCUUUUGCUUAUCUCAAUUAUUUCUCCACAAAAUUCUGUGGUGAAUCAAGGUGCGAAGAACUGUCGAAACAAGCUGUUGAAUUGAUCUUGGCUGUAAUAAAAGAGAUUAAUGUGGGGGAAUUUCGGUCAUUCAUUAUUGCCGCGGCCGCAGUUUUAGCCUCGUAUGAGUAUCAGUUAACAGAAGAAAAUGUAGAGACUAAGAUGAAUGUUAUUCCAUCAUGGGGGUCCCUUGAUAAAGAGGAUAUAUUUUCGUGUUAUAAUCUACUGCGAAAGAUCAGGUUUGUGAAGUUCAAUACCCCAAAAUCAGUGAUUUCCCUGAAUUUAUUAUCGAGUCAAUCAAGCUCUGAUCAUGCUCUUGAGAAUUCUUCAAUCACCUCGAUUGUUGGCACAAAGAGAAGACUUGCAUAUCCUGAUGGUGAUCGAUGUUGUCCUCCUCACAAGAGUCCUCGCCCAUAG